UAUCAGCUAAAGAUGGCGGUGGUAAUCCUUAUUCUAACCACUUUUCUUUGGAUGAGCUGUUGGAAUGAAAUAAGUGGCUUAGAAAUAAUCACUGAACCAAAUGAAACGACAAUUUCCUUCACUGGAUCCAACCAAACAUUUACUUGGAAUUUUAACCUCACUUUGGAGGAGAAAUCAAAGCAACCGACAGUCAUCUUUGCUCACUGGAGAAAAGAAGGCGAAAGUAUUUCAGGUUACCACUGGGUAACAGUUAUUCGAGAAUCAUAUGGAAGCGAAUCAGUGAAAAAAUAUACAGAGGCCUUAAUCACAAGGCGUUUACAGUGGGUGGGAGACUUGGCCCGUGGCUUUGUGGCUUUCCAACUUCUGAACGUUCAAUUAAACGAUUCUUCCGAUUAUGGGAUCAGGUUCUGCAUUGAUCGUUGCCGUCAUUUAAAAGAAAGUGGGUUUACACUAUUCGUUCAGGAUCCACCUCCAUCACCAACGAGACCACCAGAACCUGAAAAUAUAACCCUCGAGAUCAAGGAAGGAGAACCACUGAACAUCACUUGCCGUGCCAGAAUGAGGACGGAAAGUACAUCUGUCAUGUGGCUGAAAGACAACCGACUCAUCAAGAAAGGACGAAACAGAUUCCUCUUCAUUCAAAGUAUAAAUAAAUCACAAGCUGGAAGCUAUAUGUGUGUUUCAAUGUCCCAAUUCGGAGAUCACAGCCCGUCUUUUACUGCUGUUGAUGUUCUAUAUGCACCGAAAAUAAUCAACCCUAAUAAAAAAGUGGCUUUGGAGUUAACAAGAGGAAAUUCAACCAGGCUUAAAUGUGCAGCCAAUGCAAAUCCUUCCCCGACUUUCACUUGGUACACGCACGAUGGAGAGAUUACGCAAGGUUUUUCACAUACCUCAAACUCAAGUUCCUUGAUAGUCACUCCCAUAAAUGAAAGGGACUUUACAAGUUACAUAUGUCUAGCAACCAAUAAGAUAGCGAAUGACUCGGUGACGUUCACGUUGCACGAAAAGGGUAAGUAUAAUAACAGCCUGGUCACGAUAUCUAUUUUGAAUGGCAGAGAGUCACUCACCAAGUACCUGUCUAUAACAGCGGGCUUAGCGGUGAUCGCGAUCUUUGCUCUCUUCAUCAAACGAUAUAUGGCUAAGAGAUCCAGAGGACAGACAAAUCAGCGAACACGUGAGGUGUCCUUGAGAUCGCAAGCCACAUGCAACGAGUUUUUUCCAAAUGGAGCUUGCAACGUAUCCUCAUCGAGUGACCCUGAAUGGGAAAUACCGCGAGCAAGGCUGAAUGUGGAGAAGGUUAUUGGGCGUGGCGCAUUUGGCGUGGUGUCACGAGGCUUAGCGUUUGAUCUGCCGGGAAAACCAGGAUGGACUGUGGUAGCAGUGAAGAGCGUUCAAGAUGAUGCUUCAGAAAAAGAGAAGGCAGACCUGUUGUCAGAGAUGUCACUCCUUAAACACCUAGAUCCUCAUCCUCACGUCAUCCGCCUUUACGGUUGUGUUACUAUUGAAGCCCGGCCACUCGUAGUUGUCGAGUAUGCACAGUAUGGUGACUUGCUUGGGUACCUGAGGAAGAGCCGAGGAGUUCGAGAUAACUACUACAGUGAUCCCUCGGUAGAGCCCCGCACCAGCCUCACUUCUAAGCAACUGCUUCGGUUUGCUUGGCAGAUCAGUGAUGGAAUGGACUACUUGUCGAAGAAAAAGAUCAUUCAUCGCGACUUAGCCGCGAGAAAUGUUUUGGUUGGUGACGAAGACGUUUGCAAAAUCACAGAUUUUGGAAUGGCCAGAGAUGUUUGGGCAGAAGAUAUAUAUGUUCGAACCCACGAGGGCCGUCUUCCAAUUAAAUGGACGGCUCCCGAGGCUCUAUUUGGAAGUGGUGCAUAUACGACACGGAGUGACGUGUGGAGCUUUGGUGUGGUCAUGUACGAGAUCUUCACUGUCGGUGGUGACCCGUUUCCAGGGGUGUAUAUGAGAGAUAUCCCAGCCAUGUUGAAGAACGAGUACAGGAUGCCGCGCCCAAAAUUUGUCAGUGCAAAACUGUUCAAAAUCAUGAUGGAAUGCUGGAAGACUGAUCCCUUAAAGAGACCAGACUUUGAGUGUCUACGGUCACGAAUACACAGCAUGACCAGGGAUGAAGAACAGGACUAUGUCAACUUGGAAGGGCUGUUGUAUGAAAAUGUGCAACCAACAAGUUUUACAGAGGAGUGUUCGGCAUAGCGAUUGAGCUAAAUCUAACGAACCUUAACACAGAUGUAGUUCCUAGGCAAAGAAAAAUAUAAACAGGCUAAAAGCCAAUGGCAAUCAAAGAAUAGUAAAGCACGUUCGAUGAGAUAUUUUUAGUGAGAAGGCCGGGAGUACCGGAACAAAAGAGAAAAGGGAAAUGGAGGUAAAUUAAUACAUUUGUACUCUAAAACAAUCUGCUAUUUCUAGUAAAGUACAUAGAAAUGUUGCAAUAGUAUCAGUGGAACAAUAAAUUUGAACCAUGUUUAACAAGACCAGGGUGAAAUGAAGGCAAUUUGAUGCAGUUGUCUUCCAAAAAAAUCUGCCACUUACAUGACUCCGCGUCUUAGUUUUCUGAGGACGAGUCAGGGCCAAUUUCCGAGUUACACAGCAAGGUGAUCUCGAUGACCUAGUUUUCUGAACACAAAUCAAACUGUGCAACUUAAUGGGCUAAGUAAAAACAUGGACAUGAGAGUAAAAUUAUUUCGUAGGAGUUCACAUUCAUCCGUUUUGAUGACACAGCUAUAGUUUUUUUUGUCGAAGAUCAAAGCCCCAAACUGCAGUUUAACAACGGGAGUCGAACAUACUUCUGUAAGAGAUAACCCCAUUAUUUAUAAGU